CCCCUUAAUGCUCUUUACUCUUUUCGUCUUGUCGAAGAGGAGAACAAACGGCGUUUCGAAUGAAAAUGGUUCGUACCGAUUCCGACUCGGCGGAAGCAAUCGCUGGCAACGAAGAUCUACUAACUGAAAUCCUCUCACGAAUUCCCGUAAAACAACUCAUCAAAUUCAAAUCCGUAUCAAAAUCCUGGCUUUCUCUCAUCUCCACCUCCACAUUCUCUCGUAUUCACACUCUCAAAAAUCCUUCCUCAUCAAUCUCAGGACUCUUCCUCCGGAGAACGCCGACAGAGUUCCAAUUCCUCUCCAUCCACGCCAAUUCUUCACUCAAACCUCUCUUUUAUCCUCUCAAUUUCGCUUCAGACCCCGCAGGUAUCAAAUACUUGCAAUCUUGCAAUGGCUUAGUUCUCUGUUCUAGUUUCCGCAAACUUGGCUAUAAAACUCAAUAUUAUGUUUACAAUCCCACCACUAACUGUUUCUUCACACUCCCUCCCUUCACUGAUGAAUCAAAAACCGCUGUUUUCGGUGUUAAUUUAGCUUUCGAGCCUUCAAAAUCACCGUAUUACAAAGUAGUUUGCGUUCGUAGUAGUACUGAGAAAUCAAUUUACUAUUACCAAACCGACAUCUACGAUUCUCGAAUUGGAGCAUGGAGGCUCUCCGGAUCUACUUUUAUUGCGCCAUUUGAUAUGGUUUUUGAUAAUGGCGUUUUCUGGAACGGAUCAAUUGUUUGGAUUAGCCCACACGGUGCUUCGAUUUAUUUUGAUCUUACUAACGAGCGCCUAAAUAAGAUGUCUGAUCUUCCUGUUCUGGACAAUUGGAGCAAGAGGAGGUUUCGAUAUUUUGGAGAAAGUUGCGGCCAUUUGCAUCUGAUGGAGAUCUAUGGCGCUCGUGCUACUCGAUUUAAAGUGUUUCAAUUGGAGAAAGAUUAUUGUAAUUGGACUGUGAAGUACGAAAUUGAUUUGGAGGGAGUUGUUGGUAUAUAUUCAGAGAUGGUGAGGAGUUAUCUCGACGUUGAUGACUCAAAUUAUUAUGCGUUUGUGCCUCUUCUUGUUGUUGGGGACAAAUAUGGAGUUGAUGCAUCGCUGUUGCUGCACAUUCCUGGUAAGAUAAUAUCUUAUAAUAUGAGGGAUAAAAGUUUUAUUGAGUUGGUAGCUUUUAAUGAUGAUAAAAAGAGCAAGGGAUUUGGAUGGCUUGAUGCUUAUCCCUACAUUCAGUCUUUGGCUCCCGUUUGUUGAUGGAAUUUGAUUUUCAUUGUCGUAAUUACAUUAUAUAUGAUAUGAUUGUGAAGAGUUUGUUGUAUAAUUUUGCUAAAUUAAGCUGAAUUAGUGGAUGUGAUGAACAGAGUUUAGAACCUGGAAUUGGCAAUUACUCAUGUUAAUCUUUUGAA